UUUUAUAAUAUCGCGAAUCUGAAAUUUAUGUCAAACAUUUUCGUGAAUUCUGUUCGGAGAUGUGGAAGGAUUUUGAUUAAACUGUGAAUUUGAAUUAAAGGGGGUUGUUGGUUGAUCUCCGGAAGUGGAAACCAUGGCUACCACAUCGUGCAACGUGAAGCAAACAAAGCUUGAAGAUCAUCCGCACGAUCAUGAGAGACUGUACGUUGCUCGACAUGACCAAGGUGCAGAGUCUGAUGAAAUUAGUCUUGGUUGCUGCAUCUACAUCCUCAUGUUCUUCUCUAUUGUUCUGAUCGUCAUCACUCUUCCCAUCUCCGUUUGUAUGAUAUUCAAGACAGUUGCAGAGUAUGAGCGUGCCAUCAUCUUCCGUGCUGGUCGUCUUCUCCCCGGCGGCCCGAAGGGACCCGGUCUCUUUGUCAUCAUCCCCUGCAUCGAUGAGAUCCGUGUGAUUGAUCUCAGGACCCUAUCCUUUGAUGUUCCCCCUCAGGAGGUUCUGUCUAAGGACAGCGUGACUGUCACAGUGGACGCCGUGGUCUAUUUCCGCGUCUCCAAUCCCACCAUGGCCGUCCUGAACGUAGAGAACUACAAGCGCUCCACGGAGCUGCUCGCUGCCACCACCUUGCGCAACGUUCUGGGCACCAAGACCCUAGCGGAGGUGCUGAGCCACCGGGAGGAGAUUAGCGCCACCCUGAAGGCACUCCUGGAUGUGGCCACGGACCCUUGGGGGGUCAAAGUGGAGCGAGUCGAGAUUAAGGAUGUUCGUCUGCCUGUUCAGAUGCAGCGCGCCAUGGCAGCCGAGGCUGAAGCCUCUCGUGAGGCGAGAGCAAAGGUGAUUGCCGCGCAGGGAGAGCAGAACGCAUCCCGCGCCCUGAAGGAGGCUGCGGACAUCCUCGCCCAGUCACCCAGGGCCAUCCAGCUCCGCUACCUCCAGACCCUCAACGCCAUCUCAGCCGAGAGAAACUCCACCAUCAUCUUCCCCUUGCCCAUCGAUCUCCUCUCCGGUUGGUUGAAGUAGGAUCAAGUGACGGGGGGCCGUCCGAAGGUCCGAUAGUCCGAAGGUUCUUUAGUCCGAAGGUUCGAUAGUCCGAAUGCACAAA